AACUCAACGCACGAUAACACCUCUGACCACUUUCAAUUCCGCACCGACCAUGAAGACAACCACUCUUCUAAUUUCUGCAUUUCUCAGCCUCUUACACGGACAACUGGUGAAAUCAUGCCAGGAAAGAGAUUACGGCUGGGGCAGUAUAGUUUGCGUGUGCGAUGCCAACUACUGCGACUACUACUCAGGACUCGGAGAUGCUCCAACAGAUCCGUCGACAGCGACCAUUACUAUUUCCACCAAAGAUGGCUCAAGGUUCGAAACCUCGACCAUUCCGGUGAUUCUUUCAAAUUUCCAAGAGGAAGCGGAGUUCGUGAUCUCCUUCUCAGACUCGGACACCAAACAGAUCUUCCAAGGGCUGGGAGGCUCUUUCACAGACGCAGCGGCCUUCAAUUACAUGGCGCUCAGCGACGAUGUCAAAUACCACCUCGUCAGCUCGUAUUACAACCCGGACGUGGGUAUCAACUACGUACUAGGGAGAGUACCCAUGGGAGGAGCGGACUUUUCCUGGAGACUUUACACUUACCUCGACACAGAAAAUGACACCGAACUCGCGACUUUCAGCCUACAAGAGGAGGACUACGACUACAAGAUCCCGAUGAUACAUGAUGCCAUGUUCGCAACCAACCGAUUCUACAUCAAACUCAUUGGAUCUCCCUGGUCUGCACCUGCUUGGAUGAAAACCAAUAACGAACUCUACGGUCAAGGGAAGCUCAAACCAGAGUAUUAUCAAAUUUGGGCAGAUUAUUUUGUGAGGUUUUUGGAAGAGUACUUUAACGUGUACAUCGACUUUUGGGCAAUAACUGGGCAAAACGAACCCUUGGAUGGAUUGUUGCCCAACUUCGAGUUCAACUGCAUGGGCUGGACCGCAGACGAGAUGCGAAAAUUCAUCGCCGAGAAUCUGGGACCAACCCUGAAGAACCAUUCGCAAUUCGGAAACGUGAAACUCAUCAUGAUGGACGAUCAACGAACGCAACUCGAACUGUGGACACGAGUGAUACUUGGGGAUGAAGCAGCGGCCGGUUUCGUGGAUGGCAUAGGUCUGCACUGGUACCUGGAUUCCUGGUUCGGACCUGAAAUACUGUCGGAAACCCACGACCUGUACCCGGAGAAAUUUCUCAUUUACACCGAAGCUUGUGAGGGGGACAUUCCCAAUCCUGCUGCAGUCGUCCUCGGGUCCUGGGAACGCGGAGAACAUUACGCUUUCGACAUUAUCGAGAACCUGAACCACUGGGUCACAGGAUGGGUGGACUGGAAUCUCGCUCUGGACCUUGAAGGUGGGCCCAACUGGGCCGGAAAUCAAGUAGAUUCCCCAGUCAUCGUCAACGCAACAGCCAACGAGUUCUACAAACAACCCAUGUUCUACGCCUUGGGACACAUCUCGAAAUUCAUCACCCCAGACUCAAUAAUUCUCAAAAACCAUGUUCUACAAGCAGAUCCUGACAAUGCUAAACCAGUGCAGGUGGUUGUUGCACUGAGGCCAGAUGAGACACACGUUGCCGUCCUGCUGAACGAGUAA